GCGUUUCCCCCGACAGAGCAGACCGUCGGCAAUGGUCUGGUCGAGUCAGGCAGCUUUGGCCGGGACUUAUGCACAAAAUCCGUCUCUUGGUGCAGGAAUGCCUCACUGUUGGAGGAAUCAGAAUCAGGGGUCGGUAGCCACUGCAGUCUUCACGUUGGACUCCAGUUACCUGCAAAAUGGCGAGAGAGGUCGUUUCAGUGGUGUGAAUCAUGUCUGAGGCUAUAAUGACACCAGCAAUGAAUUUUCAAUUAGGACCUACCAUUUUCAAAAUGGGUAAUUUUGCAAAUGAGUUUCAAAUUGAACCACUGCUGGCACAAAGCAGGAAUGGGCUACCCUUACCUUCGCUGGGCAACAACAGACCUGCAACAUCCAACACCUGCAAGUACUAUGUCGACACUUCAUUCUAUUCCCGUAACAAUCCUCAUCCCAGAAGGGUCUAUCACAUCAGAGGUCUGAACAACGCGCUGGUGUGCAAGGUGGAUGAUGAUCCGGUUUGCCCCAAAGUGCCAGGCCGAUCACAAACACCUAAGCAAGAGCUCCUCCGACCUAAGCGGCCAAUCACUGCCAGUAUUCCCAUCACACCUCCGUAUCCGGCACACCUCAUUACGGGAUUGCCACUGUUCCCGUGUAAAGAAGAAUCACAACCUGACAUUGGAUCAUUAUACUCCCAGGCUUGGAAGGAAGCACUGAAGGACCUAACUGCCAGAGUGGAAUUCAUUGCUGAACCAGGAAUGGAAGCAAAAGAAGAAGAGAAACGGGCCAGCCAGUAUUCUGGUGAGAGAGGGAGUCUUUGUUUCUCACCAUCACGGCCAGUAUCACGGAACUCCCCUAGACCAAGCUCGCAUACUGGAACCAACAAAGGUCCGAGACCGGUGCUCUCAGAGACUGAACGUGAAAUCCUUGUGAUGGAACUGCUAUCUCAGAUCCUGCAGACUGACUCACUUCAAGCAGUCCAGCAAUGGUUACUUGUGACAAGUCCAAAAGACAAAGAAGUGAUGCUGGAUAUGAUUCGUAUGGCAGUGGCGAAUAUGAGGUCGGAAAAUCUGAAUGGGCUGGGCGGCACUGUGUCGAAGGAAGGUUCAGCCCCGCACCAGAUGGCUGAAGACCCAGAAGCAAUAUUUCGGGCACCAACUGCCUCUGAGAGGCGGCGUGCGCGGUCCCAACAGCAGAGAUUGGAGGCAAUCUUGGAGAAGGAGCCAGAUAAAAAAGAUUUCAAUGUUCUGGAAAACACAAAGUCGCCUCGUUCUUGCCAAAACAAUUCACAGAGUAAAACUGCAAAGAAGCCAAAAGCACUUGGAGAUAUAAGGAAAAUUUUCAAUGUGCCUUCUUCACCUAUAAUGGAAGGAAAAUUGUGUCACAGUGAGAGUGAUUUAUAUAAAAUUUAAAAGAAAACUGCACACCCCUUCAGCAGUUUGCAACAAAUGAGCUUGCAGAGUUGUUAGAAGUAAAUUUUUUUUGAAGUUAAUGGAAUUAUCAAUGUGUAGAUUAUGUCAUCCAACUUCCUCGAUUUAAAUUACAGAUUGGUCCAAGUACAUUCUGUUACGCAAAGGAAAUUCAGUAAUUUUAAGGAACUUUAGAGUCAUAAUUCUAGUUUUAUAACGUAGUAGUGUGGCUACUAUCCUAUGAACGUACUUGUACUGUGACAUUAAACUUGGCAUGUCUUUCUUACUGCACAACAGAACUAAAAAUACAAGCAUUUUAUCUAAAAAGUUCUUUUAAUAUAUUAUUACAAGUUAUUGCUGAUAUUAGUUGUCUCUCCUUGCAAAUUAUUUUAAGAUAUUGCUGGCAGCAUUUAUUACCCAACUCUAAAUACCCAUUAACCCAGUGACUCAGUUAGAUAUAUCAUUUGGAGACCUCUAUGUUAUGGGAUGGGAGUGAUGUAUAGACCAGACCUAUAAGGACAAUUAAUUUUCUUCCUUAAAUUCAUGACUAUAAAACAUAGGAGCAGAAUUAGGCCAUUUGGCCCAUCAAACCAUCAAUCUCUAUCUUAAAUACACCCAACGACCUGGCCUCCACAGCUGUCUGCGGUAACAAAUUCCACAAAUACACCACUUCCUGGCUAAAGAAAUUUCUCCGCAUCUCUUUUAAAUGGACGCCCCCCCCCCCCCCCCAUCCUGAGGCUGUGUCCUAGACUCCCCCACCAUGGGAAACAUCCCUUCCAUAUCUGCUGUGCCUUUGUUAUGACAAUCAGAUCAUUUUUAUAAUCAGAAGGACUAAUAUAACUUGCAGCUCAAACAUUCAGUGAAUUUAGAUCCGUCAACUGCAUCGUUGGAAUAUGAAGGUGUUCCAAAUGACUGGAAGCCCAACAACUCUAUUCCGUUUAAUACAGCUCAACAAAGCAAAAUAAUUAUUCUGUUGACUGCAACUUAGUAUAUCCUUGAAUAUUUUGUGUUCCUUAACCCAAACUCAACAAGAAAUAUAUCUUAACCCACGCGAAACCAAUUUCAGAUUACUAUCUACAUCCCUUAAGGUUCUAAUUUCUCUUUUAUUUUUUACUUUACUUUGUGUUCCUAUGUGUUUGAAUACAUGAAUACAAUGAAUAAUUUAACAGGAAUUACUUCGGAAGUUCUUGCAUUUGUCAUCCUCUAGAAUAAUCCUGUUUGAAACAAGUUUAACAAAGAACCUUUGAUUAGGCUACAACUAAACUAAUACAUGUGUUUAUGAUUAUUAUGAACAUUCUUUAACAUAUUGGUUUGAAAUCAAAUAAUUAAUAGUAAGACUUGAUUAUUACUGUAAUCAUAAAUGGCUCCUUAUGCACACAGUUUCUGAUUCCAAAGAAUUUUACAUGAUCACUUUAUUAAUUAAAUAUUGAGCACUUGUGGAGGAAAUUGACUCUUUGAACAAAUUAGUCAGUAUUCAUACAAAUCAGUAAGUCUACUUUCAGAAUGGUUUGAAAGUUGGUCCUGGAAAAUGGAUUGAUCACAUUAGGGAUGAUUUGAAAUGGUGAUACCUCCACUGAAAUACCAGUCAAGACUAUCAACCAUAAUUACUGUAACAUCAUUCAGGUAAGGAUGUACAGUUGUACAAAAUAUGUAUUCUUAACUACAGGUUAUUUUAUAUAUCUGUGUGAUUUUGUACCCUAAUAGUCAUUCAGUUUCUGAAAUUAUCUUUUGUAGACUAAAUCUCUUCCAAUUAUAUACAAAUUUAAAAUCUUAUUUCAUUUUUGUCAAUUCUUCAAAAAUCAUAUACCCAUUGAUUUGGAAAACCACCUCAGAUCUCUUGCUUUUCUUGACUGGAUGUCAGGGGCACAAAGGCCAGUUGGUGUCAAGAUUUUCUGUUAAGCAUGGUCCAAUUACAGCAGCUCACUACAAAAGGACUUACGCAAAUCAACCCAUGCCAUAAGGCAACAGAGAGACACAAUACAACAUGUACAAACAAGCUAGACGAACUCAGCAGGUCGGGCAGCAUCCGUAUUUCAACGGAUGUUGCCCAACCUGCUGAAUUCAUCCAGCUUGUUUGUAUGUGUUGAUUUGACCACAGAGUCUGCAGUGUACUUUGUGUAGACACAAUACAAGUUAGUCUAAACUUAACAACUUUAAAGCUGUCUCUCUUGCAGUGCAGAAGACAUCCUACUGUCAGUUCUAAUCCAUUCUACAACACGUCAUGUAAAUAUUGAUAUUUUCUUUGAAAAUUUUUUAACCACUUCAAUUAGUUCCAAGAAAUCUCGAUGUUCAAUAGUGAUAUUCAAUUCUUGUUUAAUGCUUUAUUGACAGCCCUGGAGGUUUUUGUAGCAAAUUCUAUCUUAUCAACUAAGGUGGAAGAUUAUAUUUUAUGGGUUAUUUUGACAAACUGGUUGGUUGCUAAUACCACUACACAUCAGUUGAGCAGUUGAGGCUGAAGGCUGAAUUACUGUUACUUGGCAAAUAUCAGCUUGGUCCCUUGUAAAUCAAAUACUAUAUAUUUGAAAUUUAAAGCAAACAAGGCCUCCUUGCCUUGUUUGGAUUGAAUUCAUCUUUGAAUCAUGUGUAAUCAAGUUUAUCAUGAUCACAGAAUGCGUUUAGUCUAUGGGAGUUACAGGACAUGCUCUUGUCUUAUUACCAUCUGGGAGGAGACACAGGAGCCUGAAGACCCACAAUCAAUAACUCAGAAGCAGUUUCUUCCCCUCUGCCAUCAGAUUUCUGAAUGGUCCAUGAACAUUACUUUGUUAUUCCUUACUUUUUUUUUAAUAUAAACACACUAUUUAGUUUUGUAAUUAUGGUCAUUUUGUGAAUGUACUGAUGUUGCAAAACAAAUUUCACAUCAUACAGUCAGUGAUAAUAAAUAUGAUUCCGAUAGUUGUGCGUUUGUAAAGUAAUAAAGAAG